ACUCAUCUCCCUCCUCCCUGCUGGAUCAGCGCAUAUCACAAUGCCGCCCAAGUUUGAUCCCAACUCGCCAGAGAGCGCAGCGCUCAUCAAGUCGUUCUCUGAGCUCGGCCUCACUGACAGCACGGCCAAGGAGGUCGCCCGUAAGCCAAAGGACGCGGCUGCCCUCAAGGCGCUUAUCGAGGAGAACAAGCUCGCGGGCAAGACGUUUUCGGCGACCCAGGCUGCUGCGCUCGUCAAGCUCUCGGCGACCGGCUCAAAGCUCGCCCCUGAGGCUCGCGCGUACAUUGUCGAGCGCAUCGCUGGUGGCGACCUCAACUCGCCUGACCAGGUUGCUGCUGCGAUCAAGUACCUCGAGGCUUCGCCUUCCCUCCCUGUCGACACCGCCGCGUUUAACAAGUCGACGGGUGUCGGCAUCAACAUCACGGCCGCCGAGAUUCCCGCCCUCCUGAAAUCCUACAUUGCCUCUCUUCCCUCCCCCCCAAAGUCUUGGACCGACCAGGGCCCCUUCUUCGGCGGUAUCAAGAGCAGCUCGUCCGACUUGAAGUGGGCGAAUGUGGCUGAUGUCAAGGCCGGUGUCGAGACUGUGUUCACUGAGCUCUUUGGUUCCAAGGAGGCAGCGGCCAAGGCGCGUGCUGCCGAGGCAGCGGCUGCCAAGGCAAGCAAGGAGCCCAAGGCCAAGGCUGCCGCUCCCGCAACCCCCGAGCCCUCCGCAGAGGCCUCGUCGUCCACCACCCCCAGCGUCCCCACCAGGAUCUUCGAGGAAGGUUUCCUCAGCACCUUCCACAAGGUCGGAGAGAACCCGCAGAUCAAGCCAGAGCUCAAGGACAAGCAUCUCGAGUUCACCAAGGGCGAGGUCUACACCCGUUUCCCUCCGGAGCCUAACGGAUACCUUCAUAUCGGUCACGUCAAGGCGAUUAUGAUCGACUUUGGGUACGCCAAGUACCACGGCGGAAAGACGUACCUUCGUUAUGACGACACCAACCCCGAGGCCGAGGAGGGCAUCUACUUCCAGUCCAUUCUCGACACCGUCCGAUGGCUUGGAUUUGAGCCCUGGAAGAUUACUUACUCGAGUGACAACUUCCAGCACCUUUACGAGCUGGCUGUUGAGAUGAUCAAGCGUGGCAAGGCCUACGUCUGUACGUGUGACCCGGAAAAGCUCAAGGAGGACCGAGGAGCAUCAAAGGGAAACCCCAAGCCCUGCGAGCACCGUGACCGUCCUAUCGAGGAGAACCUGCGCGAGUUUGAGAAGAUGAAGAAUGGCGAGUACCCCGAGAAGACUGCCGCUCUUCGCAUGAAGGCCGACCUCACGAGUGGCAACCCCUACAUGUGGGAUGCCGUCAUGUACCGCGUCAAGAAGGCUCCCCACCACCGCACUGGCGACAAGUGGAAGAUCUACCCUACCUACGACUUCACCCACUGCCUGUGUGACUCGUUCGAGAACAUUACCCACUCGCUCUGCACGACCGAGUUUAUCCCCGCUCGCGAGUCGUAUGAGUGGGUCUGCGACGCUGUCGAGGUCUACAAGCCUCGCCAGUACGAGUUUGCCCGCCUCAAUCUCCAGGGCACGUUCCUCUCCAAGCGCAAGAUUAAGAAGCUUGUUGAGAACAACCUUGUCACGGCCUGGGAUGACCCGCGUCUCUACACCAUCAUCGCCCUUCGUCGCCGUGGUGUUCCCCCAGGCGCACUCCUCUCCUUUGUCUCUGAACUUGGUGUCACCACGCUCAACUCGGAGACCCAGCUCAAGAAGUUUGAGAGCGUUUUGCGUCGCUACCUCGAGGACAGCGCGCCCCGUCUCAUGAUGGUGCUGAACCCCAUCAAGCUGGUCAUCGAGAAUGUCCCAGAUGACUACCGUGUCCCUGUCCAGGUCCCUCUGCACCCCAAGAUUCCCGCCAUGGGCACUGUCGAGACGGCCUUUACCAAGGAGGUCUACAUCGACGCUGACGACUUCCGUGAGGUGGAUGAGCCCGACUACUUCCGCCUUGCGCCCGGCAAGAGUGUUGGUCUUUUCAAGGCUCCCUUCCCCGUCACUUGCACGUCAUUCACCAAGGACCCCGUCACCGGCCGUGUUACCGAGAUCCGCUGCAAGCUUGAGAACGAUGGCACGGCCAAGAAGGCCAAGGCGUACAUCCAGUGGGUCAACGCCCCCGACGCCAUCAAGAUCGACGAGGUCCGUUACUUCUCCAACCUGUUCAAGUCGGACCCCCCUCCUGCCAACUUUGAGGACGACAUCAACCCCGACUCGCUCAAGGUCUACAAGAACGCUGUCGUCGAGCCUGCAUUCUACGAGUUGGCAAAGAAGGCCAUCACCGACGCCAAGGAGGAGAGCGAGGAGCGCACCCGCAAGGCGGGUGCCGAGAACGAGAUUGCCAACGCCGAGACAGACAAGGCUGCUGCUGCCGCGGCUGCUGGGCACGACGACCAGCCCGUCGCGAAGGCCGCCAGCCUGUACGGCCUGGAGAACAUUCGCUUCCAGGGUAUGCGUCUGGCAUACUUUGCCGUCGACCGCGAAAGCGAGCUGCAUUGCCUCGACGAGGCUGCCACGGUCAAGCCUGGCAAGAGGCCCGGUGACCGCAUCAUUCUGAAUAGGAUUGUGACGCUCAAGGAGGACGCGGGCAAGAAGUAGAGGCGCAGCAUAUCGUGUACAUAGUAACAUGCACUGUCUUACAUAUGACACA